AUGGAUACGCGACAGCUUAUUGAUGAAUCUAAGGGCCCACACUCCCGAUCGGUGACCUUCAAUACCGAUAACUCUUGCUUCUCUGUCGGCUUGGAUACUGGGUUCUGCGUCCUCAACGCCAACCCAUGCGAUCUCAAGGUGUCUAGAAAUUUCGGUGCCGGUAUAGCUCUCGCUGUCAUGCUCGGUAAAUCAAACUACCUCGCCCUCGUCGGCGGCGGGAAACGACCAAAGUUUCCGCAAAAUAAGCUGGUUAUCUGGGAUGAUGCGAAGCAGAAAGCCGUCAUCACUCUGGAGUUCAGCACAUCCGUCCUCGGCGUCCAGCUAUCAAAGUCACGUAUUGUCGUCGCCUUGCUCAAUACCAUUCAUACAUUCGCCUUCUCUACCCCGCCCAAGAAGCUCUCGGUUUUCGAGACAACAGAUAACCCCUUGGGGCUGGCAUGCUUAGGUCAGAAGCUGCUGGCCUUUCCAGGACGGUCCCCAGGACAGGUCCAAAUUGUCGAAAUUGAAACGGGGAAUGUCAGCAUCAUACCUGCUCACAGUACCCCACUACGCGCCAUGACUAUGAGCCCUGAUGGAGAAGUGCUUGCAACAGCGAGCGAAGCGGGCACUUUGAUACGGAUAUUCGCGACGAGCAACUGUGCGAAAAUGACCGAACUACGACGGGGCAUGGAUCACGCCGUUGUAUUCUCACUUGCCGUCUCACCGUCAAAUAACCUACUAGCCAUGACAUCUGACAAGUCUACCCUUCACGUCUUUGACCUUCCACAUCCACGCAACGGCCCAUACAGUCAGCAGCAAUCAUCAUUAGACGAGGAGCGGUUGAAUAAAAAGUGGGGAAUCCUUGGAAAGAUACCGCUACUCCCGAGGAUGUUUUCUGAUGUUUAUUCAUUCGCAACUGCGCAUUUCGAAAUGGGAGAAGAAGGCCCUGGCUCAACAUAUGCACCACCUUUGGGCAGUGUAUUAGGGCGACCUAUGAAAGGUGUAAUAGGCUGGUCCGAUGACAAUACCAUACUUGUCGCGAGCGCCGGUGAAGACGGGAGGUGGGAGAAGUUCGCCCUCUGUGACGGCGAAGAGGGGAAGCGAUACUGCAUUAGAGAAGGCUGGAAGAAAUUUCUGGGAGGCGGAAGCUGA